AGCAACGGCAGUGCCGGCGUAUCCGCGCAUAGGUUAUUGUUGGUUAUUAUAUGCCGUUUGUGCCAGCUCGCUUCCAUUUGCUUCGCACGCGCCAGUCUAAGCACAACGCAGCACAACCAUGAAACCCACAUACAAAGUCGCUGAUCUGUCCCUGGCAGAAUGGGGUCGCAAGGCGAUCACUCUGGCAGAAAACGAGAUGCCAGGUCUCAUGGCUAUCAGGAAAAAAUAUGGACCAUCAAAGGUGCUGAAAGGUGCACGGAUCGCUGGCUGCCUUCACAUGACCGUGCAAACUGCAGUGCUGAUCGAGACUCUGCUGGAGCUCGGCGCGGAGGUGCAAUGGUCGUCCUGCAAUAUAUUUAGCACGCAGGAUCACGCGGCGGCGGCAAUAGCGAAGAGUGGAGUACCAGUAUAUGCUUGGAAGGGGGAGACAGAUGAAGAGUACAUCUGGUGCAUCGAGCAGACCCUCGUUUUCCAGGACGGUAAGCCGCUCAACUUGAUUCUCGACGACGGCGGCGAUCUGACAAAUCUCGUGCACACCAAGUACCCACAAUAUCUCCAAGAAUGUCGCGGAUUAUCAGAGGAGACCACUACUGGUGUGCACAAUCUCUACCGCAUGAUGAAGGAGGGUACGCUCAAGGUGCCGGCGAUUAACGUCAACGAUUCCGUAACAAAGAGCAAAUUCGACAACUUGUACGGAUGCAGGGAAUCGCUGAUAGACGGCAUCAAGAGAGCGACCGACAUCAUGAUCGCCGGCAAGGUGUGCGUGGUGGCUGGAUACGGGGACGUUGGCAAAGGAUGCGCACAGAGCCUGAGAGCCCUCGGAGGUCGCGUGAUCAUCACGGAAAUCGAUCCUAUUAACGCACUUCAAGCGGCCAUGGAAGGAUACGAGGUGACGACAAUGGAGGAGGCGUCCACGAAGGGCCAGAUCUACGUGACCACCACGGGAUGCAAAGACAUCAUAAUGGGCCGGCACUUCAUGAGCAUGCCGAACGACGCCAUCGUCUGCAACAUAGGACACUUCGAUUGCGAGAUCGCCGUCACGUGGCUGGAGAAGAACGCCGUGGAGAAGAUCAACAUAAAGCCACAAGUGGACAGAUACCGAUUGGAGAACGGCAGGCACAUCAUUCUGCUGGCGGAGGGUCGUUUAGUGAACCUGGGCUGUGCGAUGGGCCACUCGAGCUUCGUCAUGAGCAACUCGUUCACGAACCAGGUGCUCGCGCAGAUCGAGCUCUGGACGAAGUCGGAUCAGUACUCGGUCGACGUGCACAUGCUGCCGAAAAAAUUGGACGAGGAGGUCGCGGCGUUGCACUUGAAUCAUCUGGGCGUGAAACUGACGACGUUGACGGCGGAGCAAGCCAAGUACUUAGACGUGCCCGUGGACGGACCUUACAAGCCCGAUCAUUACCGAUACUAGUCGAUCGUUGGCGCUUACUCGCGUGCGAAGCCUCGCGGUAGAUCAUUGUACAAUGACGAAUCGUGUUCCUGUUGUGAUCACAACGAGCUUUUAUAUUGGAAUGGGACAACAUUAAAGUCUUUCUUCUAGAU